CUCGAACUGCUUGAAGCAAGCGAAGGUUCCACGCAUGCGCGCAUGCGCGCGUGUAGAAGCGAGAAGAACGCUUCUCUCUCAACGUGGACGUUCGUCACUGAGGAUGGCUCCGAGAUACGAGUUGGCCGUCGGCCUCGACAAGGGUCACAAAACGACCAAGAUCCGCGUGGCCAAAAGCAAGUCCGAGAAGGAAAAGACCGUCUGCCUGCGACCGGCCAGGCUAAAAGGGAAGCAGACCAAGCACAGCAAGUUCGUGAGGGACCUGAUCCGGGAGGUCACAGGGCAUGCCCCUUACGAGAAGCGUGCUAUGGAGUUGCUCAAGGUGUCGAAGGAUAAACGCGCCUUGAAGUUCUUGAAGAGACGGCUGGGCACACACAUCCGUGCCAAGAGGAAGCGGGAGGAACUUGGAAAUAUCCUGGUACAGAUGAGGAAAGCAGCUCAUCAUUAGUUAUUUCCAUUAAAAUUGUAAACCGCUAUUUGAAUAAAUAAAUAUUUCAAUAUCGAGCGAUACCGUCAUUCGAGAAUUCAAAGUACUCCGCUUUGACCACCGUCACAUCGAAUAAAUGCGCGAGCACUUGACAGU